AUGGCUCGCCUGGCCUGCCCGCUUGGGGCGAUGCGCUGCCUCCAGCACAAGGGCUCGCACGGCGCCACGCUGCGCCGAGCGGCGUCGAGCGGCCACCGCCCUCCCCAGCAACACACUUCCCGUCUCCCGCUCCGCACGGGCCUCCAGCCGGCGCACGACCGGUCCCGCUGCAUCGCUACCUUCCAGAGGCUCGUGUCGAGCCAUGCGUCAGGGCGCAAGAUGGUCACGCUGGAGCGAGCGGUCGGGUCGAACCUGGGCGCGGACGACGCCUUGUGGCGCACGGGGGCGUUCGCGGCGUCCGUGUACCCGGACCUGCCCGCGGCGAUGACCCUGACGGACUGGGCGCGGCACCGCGUGCAGGCCGUCUUCGGCGCGCACGACCGCGAGGACGGCGGGGCUGACGGCGAGCAGUGGCACGCCCACUGGGGCGCGCGGCAGCUGAUCGAGCCGGGCUCGGGGACGCUGGUGCGCACGGUCGCGUGCCAGUCGCGCACGCGCGACGAGCUGCGCAGCUGCCUGCUCCAGGCGGCCGGCGCGGCCGAGGCUGGCACGCAGGCGGCGGGCGCCCUGCUCAUCCUGUCGGGCAGCGACCCGGGGCGGCUGCUGCCGAGCUUCCUCGUGCAGAAGACGUCGUCGCCGCAGCUGCUCGCGAUGGCCGCGGAGAUGCGGACCCGCGGGGAGCUCCCCGCCACGCUCCAGCUGUGGGCGGUCGCCAACCCCAUGCGCGACGACCCCAAGUCGCUGCUGCCGAAGCUGGACGCAGGCGCGGAGGUGAUCCUGACGCAGCCCGCGCUCGACAGGGACCGGUUCGCGCGGUGGCUGUCCGGGGCGCGCGAUCUGGGCGCGACGGAGCGCGCCAGGGUGCUGGCGGGCGUCCCGGUGGUGUCGUCGACGGCCAACAUGCGGUUCUGGGGGUUCCUGUGCGGCGCGCAGUCGCUGCCGGGGUACGCGAGGAACGUCGAGGCGUUCGCGGACGCGGCGGGCGAGGGGCCCGCGGCCGUCAAGGCGCUGCGGGAACGCUGGGCCGGGGACCUUGCGCGCGACAUGCUGCGUCAGGACGGCGUCGCUGGCAUCCACGUGAUGGCCACCACGCAGGCAGCGAAAGAGACCGCGAAGAGACUCGCGGAGAGCGGCGCGUUCGCGACGGACAGCUAG